UCUGUGCUGGAGAGCAGCAGGAGGACCAGCCCGGGAGCCAGGUAUCCGGCUUCGUGACUGUCAAGCACUGGGGAAGGGAGUUUUUUCUAAUUCUCAACCUUGCACCACCAGGGUGGGCAGCGAGGGAGACAGAUCCCAACCCGCGCCUGGGUAGCGGAGGACGAGGCUGCUGGUUGUGGUGGCUCUCUGGAGCGCAGUGUGUGAGGGAGACGCCAGUUAUCUCACCAGCUGCUUCAGCCACCACCCCCCCGCCCGCCGUCCAGCUUUUGUGGCUAUCCUCGCAGGCAAGGUGUGGAGCUCCCAUCCGCUGAGAAAGGACCCGCAGAGCCAUGAGGAGGCGCUACGUGCUCCUGGCCCUGCUGGCCGCGGUCCUAGUGGUCCUCCUCAUCAUUGGCCUGUGCCUUUGGCUGCCCUCAGCCUCCAAGCCCCACAACCACGUUUACCCCAGGGCGGCCGUGGCUGCAGAUGCCAAGCACUGCUCGGAGAUCGGGAGGGACAUGCUGAGGGAAGGCGGCUCGGCGGUGGACGCUGCCAUCGCGGCCCUGCUGUGUGUGGGGCUCAUGAACGUGCACAGCAUGGGCAUCGGGGGCGGCCUGUUCCUCACCAUCUACAACAGCACGACGCGAAAAGUUGAGAUCAUCAAUGCCCGCGAGGUGGCCCCGGGGCUGGCCUCGGACAACAUGUUCAACAGCUCGGGGCAGUCGCAGGAAGGGGGGCUGUCAGUGGCGGUUCCUGGUGAGAUCCGCGGCUAUGAGCUGGCCCACCAGCGGCACGGGAGGCUGCCCUGGGCUCGCCUCUUCCAGCCCAGCAUCCAGCUGGCCCGCCAGGGCUUCCCUGUGGGCAAGGGCCUGGCAGCAGCCCUGGAGAAAAGCCGGGCUGUCAUCGAGCGGCAGCCUGCGCUAUGUGAGGUGUUCUGCCGAGAUGGGAAGGUGCUGCGGGAGGGGGACAGAGUGAUCAUGCCACGGUUGGCCAACACUUACGAGACGCUGGCCUUGGAGGGAGCCCAGGCCUUCUACAACGGGAGCCUCACCGCCCAGAUUAUCAAGGACAUCCAGGCUGCUGGGGGCAUUAUGACUGUCAAGGACCUGAACGGCUACCGUGCCGAGCUGAUCGAGAACCCGCUGAACAUCAGCCUCGGGGACGCCCAUCUCUACGUGCCCAGCGCCCCGCUCAGCGGGCCGGUGCUCGCUCUCAUCCUUAAUAUCCUCAAGGGGUACAACUUCUCCCAGGCGAGUGUGGAGACACCCGAGCAAAAGGGUCUGACCUACCACCGUAUCGUGGAGGCCUUCCGGUUCGCCUAUGCCAAGAGGACCCUGCUUGGGGAUCCCAAGUUUGUCAAUAUGAUGGCGGUGGUCCGCAACAUGAGCUCCGAGUUCUUUGCUGCUCAGCUCCGGGCCCGGAUCUCUGACACCACCACUCACCCGACCUCCUACUAUGAGCCUGAGUUCUACACGCCUGAUGACGGUGGCACUGCCCACCUGUCCGUGGUUGCAGAGGAUGGCAGCGCUGUGUCGGCCACCAGCACCAUCAACCUCUACUUUGGUUCCAAGGUACGAUCACAGGUCAGCGGGAUCCUAUUCAAUGAUGAGAUGGAUGACUUCAGCUCCCCCAACAUCACCAACCAGUUUGGGGUGCCCCCCUCACCAGCCAACUUCAUCAAACCAGGGAAGCAGCCACUGUCGUCCAUGUGUCCGGCGAUCAUCGUGGGCCAGGAUGGCCGGGUCCGCAUGGUGGUGGGUGCCUCCGGGGGCACACAGAUCACCACGGCCACCGCGCUGGCCAUCAUCCAUAACCUGUGGUUUGGCUACGAUGUGAAACGGUCAGUAGAGGAGCCCCGACUACACAACCAGCUUCUGCCCAACACCACAACGCUGGAGAGAGGCAUCGACCAGGCGGUGACUGCAGCCCUGAAGACCCGGCACCACAACACUGAGGUCGCUUCCAGCUUCAUCGCUGUGGUGCAGGCCAUUGUCCACACGGCUGGUGGCUGGGCAGCUGCCUCAGACUCCAGGAAAGGCGGGGAGCCUGCGGGCUACUGAGUGCUCAGGGCGGGCAAGGGUAACCGGCAACCUAGGGAUGAGAGGCCCGCUGGGGCCAGAGUGGGACUUUGAGGGAUUUGCUUCCCCUGUGAGUGACAAACAAGUGCAAUAAAUGGGGGUCGCAGUGUGAGGCUCUGGGCAGCCUUGCUGGCCCCGCUCCCGUA